AUGGCUGAGAAAAAAGAGAACGUCUCCAAGUUUGAGAUGUUGAAACUUCUGGAGAAGUGCAGGAAAGAGAGAGACGAUGCGGUGCACAGGGAGAGUAUUAUGAGGGAGAAGCUGAGACAGUACGAGUCCAGGAUGAGGUCAACGGAGUUGCUGAAACAGAAAUUCAAGACCAUGACUUCGGAAAACAAGGAGCUGCGCAAGCAUGUCAAGGCUCUCCGCCAAGAGAUAGGCCUGGAGGCAAGCCCCAAGUUCAACGGCAAAACCACCAAGGACAUCAUCUCUGACUUGCACGAGAAGGAGCGCCAGUGCAGUUUCCUGGUGGAGAAAACGGGUAGACUCAGUUUGACCAUUGAUGAUCUGACAGCAGAGCUGGCAAAUGCUGUCGCGUCCAAAACUCUUCUGGAAUAUCAGGUGCAGUCGUUACAGCAGAACCUGAAGGACAUGACGAAUAAUCAACGGCGUUUGUUGAAACUCUGGGAGGAUAAGAGAUCUCAAAGAGAGCAGCUCACUCUCCCUGCGAUAGGCCUACCCCAGAGGCCCGGAGAGAAAUCUGUCUCUCACAAGGGAGUACAAACAGAGAUGUCCAUCGAUUCAGCCCAGAAACUCCCACACAACGCAUUUGAGACCAAACCUUCUCCUUCACCACGAUCACGACACCACAAGACAAGGUCUUCUAUAGAUAAACAAGGGGGAUUAACAACAUUGGGAAAUGGUCAUCAGCUGGGGAACGGCAACCAUUAUACACUGGAAAAUGCCCUCCAGCUGGGAAAUGGCCUCCAGCUGGGAAAUGGCCUCCAGCUGGGAAAUGGCCUCCAGCUGGAAAAUGGCCUCCAGCUGGGAAAUGGGAAUCAUCAACGUGAAAAGGAGGAUUUAUUUCACUAUGAAACCAAUGAACACAUACUGUAA